CACCACUACCACUGCCAUCCUCCUCACACACAAAAGCAGUGCAAUGAGCUGACUUAAGAGAACUGAGGCUUAGCCAGCUGCAAGCAGAAAAUAAUAAUAAUACCUUGGAGGGGAGGGAGGCACCAGAGGGAACAGCAGCCAUGGAAGAAUACAAAUAACUGCCCUCAAUUUUCCGCCUGCCGCCCCCACCCCAGAAAAUCCAAAUCACAAAGCAACAACUGCUGCAAGAAAGGCCGACCUAGAUGCAUCUCCACACUGCUCCACUGAGAAAACUGCACACAACUGCAUCCGGAUCCAGGUGCUGGACCUCCUGAGCAGCCUGCCUCCAUCAGGAGGAAUGCCUGGCUGGGAUACAGGCAGGAUCUUCUUUGUUCCUCAUUAGCCACAAGCAUUGCCUGCGUCCUUCCUCGAGGGAACCACUGUGCAGCCACAGCCCCUCCGUGAGCACGAUGGGAACCACAGAAGCUACUUUGCGGAUGGAGAACGUGGAUGUGAAGGAGGAAUGGCAAGACGAGGACUUCCCCAGACCUCUCCCAGAAGAGACGGGGAUGGAGUCGCUGGGCAGCCCUAUGGAAGAUGAGAAUACAUCCUCUCCCCCAAAUACUUUAAACUUUAAUGGGGCGCAUCGUAAGCGGAAGACACUUGUUGCACCUGAAAUCAACAUUUCCCUGGACCAGAGCGAAGGCUCCAUUCUCUCCGAUGACUUCCUGGACACGCCAGAUGACCUGGAUAUUAAUGUGGAUGAUAUUGAAACUCCUGAUGAGACAGAUUCCCUCGAGUUCCUGGGGAAUGGGAAUGAACUGGAAUGGGAAGAUGACACUCCCGUGGCCACAGCUAAGAACAUGCCUGGGGACAGUGCAGACCUGUUUGGGGAUGGUGGGACAGAAGAUGGGAGUGCUACUAAUGGCCGGCUCUGGAGGACCGUCAUCAUUGGAGAGCAGGAGCACCGCAUCGACCUCCAGAUGAUCAAACCCUACAUGAGAGUGGUGACACAUGGAGGAUACUAUGGAGAAGGUCUCAACGCCAUCAUUGUCUUUGCUGCCUGCUACCUCCCAGACAGUAACCUGGCAGAUUACCACUACAUCAUGGAGAAUCUCUUCCUAUAUGUGAUCAGUAGCCUGGAGCUGCUGGUGGCUGAGGACUACAUGAUCGUGUACCUAAACGGAGCAACGCCUCGGAGAAGGAUGCCAGGCCUUGGCUGGCUGAAGAAAUGCUAUCAGAUGAUAGACAGAAGGCUGCGUAAAAACCUUAAAGCAUUGAUAAUUGUGCAUCCUUCAUGGUUCAUCCGGACAGUGCUGGCUAUAUCCAGACCCUUCAUCAGUGUGAAGUUUAUCAAUAAGAUCCAGUACGUUCACAGCCUGGAGGAACUGGAGCAGCUUAUCCCAAUGGAGCACGUGCAGAUUCCAGACUGUGUCUUACAAUUUGAGGAAGAGAGGAUCAAGGCCAGAAAAGAAAGGGCAGAAGAGAAGCAAGACAUGGCUGAGAAGGAAAGCAGGCCUGUGCCUCCAGCAGAGGAUCAAGAAACCAGUAUGUCAUGAAUCGAAGUAGAGUGGAAUGAAUGGAGUAAAAGAAUGAUGCGGCCUGGCAGUCACCCAUGUAAAUGACCUUUUGGUAUAAGACCUUGCCACCAUCUUAUUCAGAAUUCUGUAAGAUCAUAGAGCCUGCCUCCCCUGUCUCCAAGAUGCAAAGUCCUUUAAACUUUUUGGAAACAUUUUACUUUUUUAAAAAAAUCAAUCCACAAAACAAGCCAAGAAUAGCACUUUUCAGGACAGGUUCCAGUGUUUCAAUAACGGUCUGUGGAGAGCUAUUAACUAGUGCAAAUCUCUCUUGGUAAGUUAAGUAACUUACUCUUAGUAAGUUAAGAGCAUCCUGUAGUCCAUUAUUCACCAGUCCAGAAAGAGAUAUAUUUUUUAAAUUAUAAACCCUUCCCCUAACUUGCUGCUGGCCAGCACUGAGACAUUUUCCUUUAAAGUGCGCACCCAGUUUCCUCCAGACAGACAUUACAAUGGCCAUUGCCCCAGGGAAUAACUAACACAGGCAAUGAAAACGGUGCAUUUUUGUCCUUCCUAUACCCAGUGUAUGUUUCUUCCUGAAAAUACAAAGUGCCCACAGGUCUAGGCACCUCUUCCAGCCUUGACCGCCUCAGUUAAUUCAUUGCCAGUUCCUUUUAUUAACUCUCACCAAACCAUCCCUACAAGUAAAUAGCACGUUUUUUUCCCCGAUCUGUUAUCAGUUUGUAAGGCACUCUGAUAACUCUGAAAGAGGGCCCCAUAUGGCAUGGCAGCCUCCACAGAACCUUCUCAUAUCAAUGCACAGACACCAAAAAGGUCUGGUUUUAAGAAGGAGCCUUAUGGACAGGAAAGAUUUUUCACACCUUGUCUUUGUAUUGAUUUUGUGACACUGGACAAUCAUUCACCAUUAAUACCUCCUAUUGUGGAGACAAGCUGCUAAGAGUUUGAAAUUUCCUACUUGCCAUCCCUGGGUAAUGAGGGUCUCAUCUAUAAUCAUACCUGCCUGGGAAAAACCCAGGUGGACAAUGCUGCAGAUGUGGAGGCAGGACGCUGUACCUGGAUUCAGUUCUCAGUUAGCUGAGAGAUGCAGACGUGAUGCUGAGACUCUUGAAAUUAGUGUUUUGGAUUCAUGAGGAUUCUGUGAGCAAAGAGGGGAAGAAAAUGUAAGAAACAUCUAUCUGGCCAAAAUCAUUUGGAAACUCCUGAUUUCACCAGAGCUAGCUCACACAAACUGUCUCAAAUGCAUCAGGUAAAACCCCUUGCAGACAACUGCAGAUGAAGAAUUACCUGCAUAUUUCACCACUUGAGGAGCAUUUCAAGCCUAGCAACCCCAACCCAUGGCUAUUUGAAAUGAACCACUGCUUCACUCGGCUCUGAGAUCCCCUGGAGGACAAUUCUGGCAAAGCAAGGUUUUCCUCAAGCGAGGGAUGUCUCCUCUGUAUACACAGAGCUUCUCUUUUUCCUUUCAGUGAAUAAAACUGCUACAGACAAGAUCUUUAUUUUGCUGAACACUACAAAGGAGCACCGAAUAUGCUUUUUAACGUUACUUCUCAUUUGAUGUGUUUUUCUCAUGCGCUUCCCUCGCAGAUGUAUUUACCAAACAGACCUUUGCAUGAAAAACAGAGCACUGCAUCCGCAGCAUUAACCCUAGAAGCUGAAGAGGGUAAAAACUCCGUACUCUGUCUCGCCGGCAUGUUAAUUAGAAGCACCAAGCAUCGACCUCCAUGGCUUUCUAGAAAUUUUGUUAUGAGCCAGUUAUUGACAAAGUGAAUUCUGUGCCACAAGGGAAAAACAGCACUUCGGUUUUUUGGAGUUUAGGUUUUAUGCCAAGUAACACCUCCCCGCAAAAGGCAUCCUGUCCUAAGCUUUCCAAACAGUCAGCAGACAUCUGUUUCAAGGGAGAAGCAGCAGUCAGAAAUCUUCAAACGUUAAUGUGUCAACCCGAUCUGCAAAGCUGAGUAUCCUUUUUCACACAUGGUCUGUCAGAUGGACUAAACGAACCCACUGAAAUUAAGAAAGGGCUCUUCUGAUCAAAUUAAUUUUAGCUCAGACUAGAAACAAUUACAAAUCUCCUUGUAGUAUAAGAGUACGUGAAUUCACUAUCUCCCACUUGGUUUAAUACUUAAAAUGAGAUUUUCCUUUUUUCUUUAGAGACUUUUUUUAUGCAUUUAGAUAAAAAAAUAAUCUGCUGUGCUUUCCACAAAAGAAUGCAAUGCCAUUGGGCACUGAAAGGGAAGUUUAUGAUUAUAUAAUGAACAAAAUUGAUAGAACACUUAAUAAUAUUUUAAAAGUACAACUCUAGAAACCUUUCAUGCACCUGCAGUUACUAAACACUUCAGCGAAAAAUGUUCACAACAUCAUGGAAAAUACUGCUGUCAUGGAACACAUGGGCAUGGAAGAUAAGAAACCUCGAUUACGUUUAGUCUUGGGACCCAAAGAAAUAGGCUGGUUCUUUCUCCUCAGCAGUAGCCAUACCAGAGGAAUGCGGGGUUUGGUUGUUUUGUGGUUUUUCCAAAGAAAAGACACUGUCUCCAUUUGCAGAAAAACUACAGAAAAAAACACAGA